UCCCCAAGCUCGUAACCAGAAACAUAGAACUAACUGACACACUGACGGACAACGAGGCUUAACCGUGGAAACGGGCAGACUGCCGCCCAAGGACACUCACUGACCCCCGGAGACGGACAGACAGACAGUCUGAUGCCAACUGUCUCCGCUGUCAAUCUCACGGCACAACUCCUCCUGCUGUUGCUAUGGGCAACCCACCCGACCAUGGCAACCAACUGGCUCUCCCUGGCGAGGAUGCCACGCUCGCGGCCCGUGUCGGGUGCUGCCCCCUGUGGGCAGCUGAGGGGACUGUCCGUGGGGCAGGUGGGGGUGUGCAGGGCGCGGGGAGAGGUCAUGGAGUCUGUGCGCAAGGCAGCCGAGAUGGUCAUAGAGGAGUGCCAGCACCAGUUUCGUAAUCGCCGUUGGAACUGCUCCACCACCCCACGUGGAGUCAACGUGUUCGGUAGAGUCAUGAGCCAAGGCACCCGUGAGGCAGCCUUUGUGCACGCCCUGUCCUCGGCGGCGGUAGCGGUUGCAGUGACGCGAGGCUGCAGCCGGGGGGAGCUAGAGCGGUGUGGCUGCGACAGGAAGGUCAGAGGGGUCAGUCCCGAGGGUGAGUCUGGGUGGUCUGGGUGCAGUGAUAACCUGUCAUAUGGUGUGGCCUUCUCCCAGACCUUCGUGGAUGAGACGGAGCGUGCCAAGGGGAUGUCGUCAGGGCGACCUCUCAUGAAUGUCCAUAACAACGAGGCUGGACGGAAGGCUAUCCUCCAUAACAUGCAGGUGGAGUGUAAGUGUCAUGGUGUCUCGGGAUCCUGUGAGCUGAGGACCUGCUGGAAAGUCAUGCCCCCAUUUCGGCGCGUCGGCGCCGUGCUGAAGGAACGCUUUGAUGGAGCCACAGAGGUGCGUCUGUCUCGUAUCGGCUCCAGAACAGCCCUGCUGCCCCGGGACCCCCAGGUCAAACCUCCCGCCGCCAGGGACCUGGUGUACCUCGCUGUCUCGCCAGACUUCUGCCGUCUCGACCCCGACAAUGGGAUCCCCGGGACAGCCGGCCGACGCUGUAACGGCACCUCCCGGCUGGCCCCAGAUGGCUGUGAGCUGGUGUGUUGUGGGCCAGGGUACCGGGCAGGCCGGGCCGAGGUGGUGCAGCGCUGCUCCUGUAAGUUCUCCUGGUGCUGCUCGGUCCGCUGCCAGCAGUGCAAGAACACAGUGAUGAUCCACACCUGCCGAGAGUGAACCCAGUCUAUGCAGAACCCAGAGCACUGAGCAGACACGCAAGAACCUUACACCUGUCCAGACACUCUAGAACACAGCCCAGACACUCCAGAACACUACACAGACACAACACUGUCCAGACACUCUAGAACACAACACUACCCAGACAUUCUGGAACACUACUACAACGGCCAGACAAGUGGAGGCUGCUGUGGGGAGGACGGCUCAUAAUAACGGCUGGAACAAAGUAAAUGGAAUGGCUUGUGUUUGAUACUAUUCCACUAAUUCCGCGCCUGCCAUAACCACGAGCCCGUCGUCCCCCAGUUAAGGUGCCACCAACCUCCUGUGGACCAGACACUCUAGAACCAGGGUUCCCAACCUAGGAUGCACCAAUGUUUCUU